AUGACGACGACUACAUCGUCGAUGCAAACACAUGCGCCACUUGGCUCGACACUUCGUAUUGCUAUCGUUGGCGGUGGAAUGGGUGGUUUAGCUACGGCCCUUGGCCUUGCACGAAAUGGAUUCACUCAUAUCACUGUUUACGAAGCUGCCAAAGACCUCGGCUUCGUUGGCGCAGGCAUUCAGGUUGCACCAAAUCUCGCGAGGCAGCUUCAGAGGCUUGGAGUAUGGGAACAUCUAGCGACGGAUGCUGUCAAAUUGGAAUCAGCAGAUGUCCGUGCCUGUGCAAGCAACGAAGUGCUAGUCAGAGUUCCACUUGCGCAUGUCACAGAGCGCUACGGACAACCACAUCGGGUAGCCCACCGUUCAGCUCUUGCGAAUGCACUGUUCCAAGGCUGCAGGGAGGCUGCGUCUUACGUUACGGUCCAUUUUAACACCAAUGUUCUCGACGUUGACUUUGGUGAUCCUCGCAUCCUUGUCAAAGAGCGGGGCGAGCCCGGAAAUGGACGUUGGGUCAAGGCAGACAUCAUCAUUGGAGCCGACGGAAUCAAGUCAGUCAUUCGCAAACAAAUGCUUGCGAAGCAUGGCGAAGAAGAUCGGGCUCAGGACACUGGACAAGCUUCGUACCGCAUCAUGCUCAACCGUACGCAAAUGCAAGACGACCCUGAGCUCCUCGCACUUGUCGAUGCCAACAGCUCAUUCAGAUGGAUCGGCCCUCGACGACAUGUUAUUGCUUACCCAAUCUCCGACCACACAAUAUUCAACAUAUCUACCACCCAGCCCGACAUCAACUUUGCUGCGGCCCCGACAGCCACAUAUACCACACGGGCAGACAAGCAGGCUAUGUUGAAUGUCUUUCAGGACUUCUGCGAUGUUGUCCAACGAAUGCUCAAGAUGGUACCGGAGGGUGAAGUCUGCGAAUGGAAACUCCGUGUUCACUCGCCACUCGAAACUUGGGUUGAGGGAAAAGUUGUGUUGUUGGGAGACGCCUGUCAUCCAACGCUGCCCCAUCUGGGCCAAGGUGCUUCUCAGGCGAUAGAAGACGCCGCAGUCAUUUCUGUUGUUCUGAGCAGAAUCGAUGACCCCGCCGACAUCAACAUCGCUCUCCGCAUCUACCAGCGCCUCCGAAAGUCGCGCACCGAGUUCCUGGUCUCUCAAGCCGCCGCCGCUGGCCGUGCUCUCCAUCUCACUGAUCCAGAGGCGCAAGCCUUGAGGGACGAGGCUUUCCGUCAAGUUGCGAAUGGAGGGCCAAACCCAGACAAGUGGCUGGAUCGCCAAGUGCAAGACUUUGUCUACGGUUUUGACUGUGUUGCCGAUGCAGAGAGACAGUGGGUGAAACUGUUUGCCCAAGAGAAGUCUUCUGCGAAUGAAAGGAGUGUGUAA